AUGGGUAUUCAAGGUUUUAUCAGUGUUCGGGGCAAGAAGGUUCACAUCAGACCAGUGAGAAAGCAACACCAACACCAGCUGGUGGAACCUCAUGUCCCGAGGCCCCACAUCGUCUACAGCAGUCUGCAGGACGGUUCAAACUCAGCACAGACCAAUGGAAAGUUUUCCUCCCGGAUUCGCAGAGGGAUUGAGGAGAAGGUGAAACAUCUGGAGCUUUUAGUGGUGGUAGGACCAGAUGUUCACCAGUUCCACAAAGAAGACACUGAGAGAUACAUUCUCACCAACCUCAACAUUGGAGCAGAGCUUCUUCGCGAUCCCUCACUGGGUAUUCAAUUCAGGGUUCAUCUGAUCAAAAUGAUUAUCCUCACAGAACCUGAGGAAGGCAUCCAGAUCUCCACCAAUAUCACAAGCUCGAUCCUGAGCGUUUGCCAAUGGAGCCUGGAGAUCAACCCAGAGAAUGACCUGGAUCCUUAUCACGCAGACCUCGUUCUUUACGUAACCAAGUUUGAUCUAGAACUCCCGGAUGGAAAUAAGCAGGUGCGUGGGGUCACCUCGAAGGGAGGAGCCUGUUCAAAGUCUUGGAGCUGCAUCAUCACCGAAGACACCGGCUUCGGUUUGGGCAUCACCAUCGCACAUGAGAUUGCUCACAGCUUUGGGAUUGACCACGACGGGGAAGGGAACCGCUGCGUGGGGGACCGACAUGUUAUGGGCUCGGAAGGGGGACACAACAGCGUGGAUCUGACAUGGUCGGUCUGUAGCAGAGAGCAGCUCCAGGCAUUUGUCAGUACAGGCCAAGCAAGCUGCACAGAUGAUCUGCCUGUGUUAAAGAGCAGUCUGCCGGAAGCAAAGCCCGGCUUGUAUUUCGGAGCAGAGGAACAGUGCAAGAUUGCCUUCGGUUCGGGGGCUUCGGCCUGCACUUUCAGCUAUGACGUGGACAUGUGUCAAGUUCUCUCUUGCCACACCAAUUCAGCUGAUCAAUCCACCUGCUCUCGGCUCCACGUCCCACUUCUGGAUGGAACGGAAUGUGGGAUCAACAAGUGGUGUUCCAAAGGACGCUGCAGCUCCCUAGAAGAUCUGUCACCGGUUAGCAUGGUACACGGGCAAUGGUCCAGCUGGACCUCCUUCACUUCCUGUUCCAGGAGCUGUGGUGGGGGGAUCACAUCAAGACGACGACAGUGCAACAACCCCCGACCCGCUUUUGGCGGGCAACCGUGCCGGGGAGAUGCCUUGCAUGCGGAGAUGUGUCAUGUGCAGCCCUGCCUGAAGACCCAGAUGGACUUCAUGGAUGAGCAGUGUUCUGCAACCAAUGUGAAGCCACUCUACCUUCAUCGGCAGCUGCCUUCCUUCUACAGGUGGAUUUCAGCAGCUGGCUAUGCCAGAGGGGAUGCUCUGUGCCAAUAUAUGUGCCAGGCAGCUGGGAAGAACUUCAUGGUGAGCCGUGGGGACCAAUUCAUCGAUGGGACAAGAUGCAAGAAAAGCAGUCUGGCAGACAAGGCUACUCUUGCUUUGUGUGUGAUGGGCAGCUGCAGGGUGUUUGGGUGUGAUGGCCGGAUGGACUCCGGAAAGAAGAUGGAUGCAUGUCAGAUAUGUGGAGGAGACGGCACAUCAUGCAUAAACGUGAAGGGCUCUUUCACUGGGGGAAAAGCCAGAGAGUACACCACCUUCCUGACGUUGUCUCCUAAUACCACCUCCGUCCACGUGGUCAACCGGAAACCCCUCUUCACCCACUUGGCUGUGAAAAUUCAAGGACAAUACACGGUAGCUGGGAAAGGACUCAUGUCUUUAAACGUCACCUAUCCUUCGACCUUGGAAGACAACCGGUUGGAGUACAACAUCUUCCUUACAGAGGACAACCUGCCCAGCUUGGAGGAGAUUCACCUGGCUGGACGAAUCGAGGAAGUGAUAGAGAUACAGGUUUACAGGAAAUACGGGAAAGAAUAUGGAAGCGCCACCAGCCCCGAUAUCGCCUUCAGCUACUUUAGGCCGAACGAAAAAGAGAACCACACGUGGACGGCCCAGUUCGGCCACUGCUCAGUCACCUGUGGGACGGGCACACUGCAAGUCCGUUACUCCUGCUUUGACCGGGCAAGAGGUGAGAAGGUGGAUGAUCGCUACUGCCUCAAGAUGCCCAAACCCCCUUCUAGGCAAGAAACGUGCGCUGCGAAACCCUGCCAACCACAUUGGAAGAAAUCACAGGUGGCCCGAUGUUCUGCCGUUUGUGGCUUGGGAGCGGCCACGUGGAACGUGACCUGCGUCCGGGCGGUUGAUGGGCUGGAAUCCACCGUGGAGGAGAGGCUGUGCCCAGCGGAUCAGAGGCCUCCAGCCUUCGUGCCUUGCAACGUGGGCCUCUGCCCAUUGAGACGGAACACCGAAUCGAUGUCUGGUGCUGCAGAAGAGCGAGACCGGAUUGGAAAUCGGACGGUAUACGCCUGGAGCCCUUUGGCUGGGAAGUGUCCGGUCUCCUGUGGAGGAGGACGGUUGUUGCUGAGUUACGUCUGCCUAGUUUUGGACACUAAAGAAGUAACCGAGGAGAGACGCUGUAACCAGACCCAGAAACCAGCCAGCUAUCUAGAAAUUUGCAACCCUGACCCAUGUCCACCAAGGUGGUUGUACAAGCAAGGUGCGUGUAGUGUGACGUGCGGGGAAGGCGUUAUGCGCAAGGCCUUGUACUGUGCGCGAGGGACCGGGGAGGAGGAGGAGGAGGAGGAGGAAGAGGUCCUGCCAGACACAGCCUGCGAGGACUCGUCGCGCCCCGAAGAACAGGAAGCGUGCCACCUGGAACCUUGUCCACCCAGCUGGAAAGUGACGGAGCGUGGGCCCUGCUCCUCUUCGUGUGGACUUGGAGUUGCUACCCAAUCUGUGUCUUGCAUCAGGCUUGUUAGAGGCCGAGAGCUGGAGGUGGCCGAAGGCCAGUGCCCAGAAGUGGAAAAGCCUCUUUCGGUCAUGCCAUGCAUUCUCCGUGUCUGCCCCUACGAAUGGGGGUUCACCCAAUGGACGGAGUGCUCCGUCACCUGUGGAACUGGCAUCCAGAGACGUCAGGAUUUCUGCAUCAACCCCCAAACCAAGACACGGGUGAACCCUCUCUUGUGCAUGCAUGUUCCUAAGGCCAUGAUGGUAAGAACGUGUUCCACCACCCCUUGCCUCGAACAAGCCACGAUGAAGUCAGACCUUCGAUCAGGGGUCCCAACGGCAACCCAGUUUCCAGCCGCAGAGGUCACUCUUCACCCGACUACCCUGGAGGUCACUCCUCAUCUCACAGGAGGGCAGGACCAGGGCUUCGACCUUCCACGGUCCAAGGGAGAAGACCCUCAGAAGAAAGAGACCAAAGCUAAACCCUGGGGAGAUAUCUCAAAGGAAUCCAGUUACGUAGCACUGCUGGUUAUUAAGAGGGCUUUAAACAGAGGCAGGAUCUGCGUCUUAGGGAAACGGGACUGGUUUCCAAGGUGUGCGACUCACCUGUUCCCAUCUCUUAAUGUCUCCUCCUCCUCUGGCUUUUUCCACCCAGGUAUCUGCGGAAGGCAGUGGCUGGGUCCCAGCGGGCUAAUCAACAUGACGGGCGUGCAAGCCAGGAUUUGCACGGUCGCCAUAGGCCGCCCUUUAGGGGAGAUGAUCACAGUCCAGGUGUUGCAGAGUUCCUUGAACUGCAGCGCAGGAGAAAUAUUACUCUUUUCGACCCGGACGAUGUGGCGGAUGGCCUGUCAGAAACUGAAGCUGUUGCUGGUGACCACCCAAACCAACACCUUGAUUGUCAGGCAGCGCCGGCUGUUGUCGGGCAGUGGCGUGGUGCUACGCUACACCAGCAGAUUGGCAGAGAAGAAACACCAUCAAGCCUGUGAUAGGCAGCUGUUUGGUCCAUGGGGCCUCAUCCUGAACCCAGGACCGUCGCCGGAUGGAGAACAACAAAUGGCUUGCAGGAUAUUUAUCGACGUGGCACCUCACCUGCGGAUUGCCAUUCAUGCGGUAUACGUGGAAUUCCAAACAACGGCCAACGAAACACACUCCAGCUACAUUUCGAUUCGAGAUGUCGAAUCCUUGAGGACUACCAUCUUCCAUGGGAACCGUCUUUUCUACUGGGAAUCCAUCGGCAGCCGAGCCGAGAUCGAAUUCAACCAAGCCCUAGCCAACAUCAGCUUCCGAGCAGAGUACUGGGCCACCAAGUAGCCCUUCGUUAGAUUGGCCGACGCGGAAAACGCCGCCAAGGAGGCAAUUACAGUAUAAGCGGAAGGGACCUCGGAGGUCUUCUAGUCCAACCCCCCUGCCCAAGUCGGACGGGAGGCAGGAAAGGGGCCAUUGCUGAGCUCUCGCCUCAAAAACAUGGAAUGCCUUUCCAUCAAUCUCUUACGCCUCCGUUUUUGCAAACGGUCUUCUCUUGGUGCUUCUGUCAACCAAUACAAAGCUGGACCAGAGGCCUACCUACAGGGUUGUUGUAACAGGGACUCGGCGCUUGAGCAUAAAAUUAAUCCCUGCGGAGUAGCCGCUGGA